GGGAUGGGAGACUCUCAAACUCAGGAAACCACUCUUGUGAAACCCACUCCUACCCACUUGUGGAACCCCAAGCCUUCCACUGACACCAUGGUCAGCUCCUGUUGUGGCUCCGUCUGCUCUGACCAGGGCUGUGGCCAGGAGACCUGCUGCCGCCCCAGCUGUUGUCAGAUCGCGUGCUGCAGAACCACCUGCCUCCGCCCCAGCUGCAGUGUGUCCAGCUGCUGCAGGCCCCAGUGCUGCAUCUCCAGCUGCUGCAGGCCCCAGUGCCAGCAGUCUGUGUGCUGCCAGCCCACCUUCCUCCGCCCCAGCUGCAGUGUGUCCAGCUGCUGCAGGCCCCGGUGCUGCAUCUCUAGCUGCUGCCGCCCCAGCUGCAGUGUGUCCAGCUGCUGCGGCCCCAGCUGUGAUGUGUCCAGCUGCUGCAGGCCCCAGUGCUGCAUCUCCAGCUGCUGCCAGCCCUCUUGCUCCAAUUCUAGCUGCUGCGGCUCCAGCUGCUGCCACCCCUCCUGCUGUCUGCGCCCAGUCUGUGGCCGGGUCUCCUGCCACACCACUUGCUACCGCCCCACCUGUGUCAUCUCCACCUGCCCCCGCCCUGUGUGCUGCCCCUCCACUUGCUGCUGAAUCUCUGCCCUGUGACCACCAUCUGUCUACCUCUGUUCUCACAGAUAUAGACCCCACUGUUAUGCUGACCAUUAGGAAACAGGGAGUGUGGUUGAGGUCACUUGACUGAACUGGGCCUCAGGAUUCCAUUGGGGAACCGGGUCACGCUGUUGCAGGAGACAGAUGUGGUCCCGAGCACUUACGCUUAACCGAGUUUACCCUUCAACCUGACCAGUGGUGAAAUCAUUCUCCUGACUUCUUUUUUCUAGGGCUUUUCUGUACCCUGCUAUAUUUCUGUAACAAAAUAAAGUUACUUCUCCCUGCAUUAAAAAUUCAGCGUGA